GCAGUGCCGCAUGCGCGCAUGCGUCUUCUCGUUGAAAUGGGAAAGGCGCUUCCUGUGAUCUGUGUCCUUGUGUUUCUCGGCGUGCCCGUCCGUUUCUGCCUUCAUUCCGCAGUUCGCCUGCCUGCCGUCUAUCCUGCCUUGUUCUCUGAACCGCGACUCCCCAAGAUGUCAGCCUCAGUCCCUCAAGGCCAUAACUGGGCCCAACGGGUAAAGAAGGAAGAAGAAGAAGAAGACCCACUGGACCAGCUCAUCUCCCGUUCUGGAUGUGCUGCUGCACACUUUGCAGUGCAGGAGUGCAUGGCUGAGCACCAGGACUGGAGGCAGUGCCAAUCACAGGUGCAGGCCUUCAGGGAAUGCAUGAGUGAACAGCAGGCAAAGCGACGGGAAGAGCUGCAGAGGAGGAAGGAGCAAGCCAUUGCCCACCACUGAGACCUCAAACUACCUGCCCCAAGAGGAUGGCUCUGCAGAAAUUAGCAUCCAGGGAGAUUGUGGGAGGAAGAAAUCCCGAGGCAUAAACCAGGAGGUGUAAAACUUGCAAAUAGUGUUUGGGACUAGACUUGAGAACCACACAUCAGGAGUUUGGACAUAACUCAUAAAGACCUGUUUUAUAUAUAUAAAUAUAUUUGGGGGGGUACCAGGGAUAGAACUUGGAACCUUGUGCUUGCUAGGCAGGCAGUGGCACCACUGAGCUAAUUCCCUGGCCCAGACCUGUUAUAUUUUAAUGGUCAGAUAUCUCACAUCCUCACCCAUCUUGUUCCUCUAACGUUUGCCAUGGAAAACAAAGAGUGGUAUAGGGUAUCUCCCCACCCCACCUCUUGGGUCAGUAGUACUGUGAUGGUUAUAGGGACAUUUUAAUUUUAGAAGUAAAUUCACGACCUAAAGACCUAGUCAGGUUUGUGUCUUUAGUUGUGGGUAUAACAACAGCAAGUGUUUCUGAAGCAUUGUGUUGGAACUAAUGCAAAGAAUAAUGUGACCUGUGCCUUCAUGUUGCUUGGGGUCUAGUUUGAGGGAUGGAAAUAAAACAACACUGGAGCAGCUAACUUAAUUUCAAACAAUGAUAAGUGCCUUUAUCAUUUGUCACUUGAUCUGGAUGCUUCAUCAGCUUAAUGAAAGGAAUGCAAACAGGCAAAUUACUUUUGAAUAAAUAUUGAGUAUAUACAAAGUUCGCCUGUGGUAGCACAUUCCUAAAAUCAUAGCACUUUAGGAGACUGAGGCAGGAGUAUCCCAAGUUCAAGUCUCACCUAAGCAAUUUAUUGCAUCUUUGUGUGUGUGGUAUCAGAGAUCGAACUCAGGACCUUACACUUGAAAGCAGGUACGGUGCCAC